AUGAUACAAUGUUCUGAUGGAUGUAAACAACAUAACUGUAUUACUAAUUUCACUUGUUUAAGUAAAUGUAGUUUUGGUUAUGAAGAAGGAGAUACAUCUUGUCUUCAUUGUUUAUCAAUAGACCCAACAAAUUUUGUAACACCAGUAUAUCUCAAAACAAAAGAGGGUUGUGUUUCUACUGCACCUUUAAGACAGAAGAAAACAUGGAUUCCUGAUCCUUCUUCUAUACCAGAACUCUUUGCAAAUAACAAUACUGUUUAUUUCACAUUUGAUAAGACUACUAAAAUUGACCAAAGUCCUUGUUAUUAUAAACAUUCUUAUAGACAAGGAAAAUGGUUUAAAUUUGAUUCUACUAAGAUUAAUCCAGUUGUUGACUUUGUUUCAAUUAGUCUUUCAAAAGAAUCUCUUAGUGAUUUUAAUAUUUAUCUUGAUGUUUCUAAUUCAGAUUCAACAGAUAAGAAUCCAUUUUGUCUUGCACACUUUUUCUUAAGAGGAAGUUCGUAUAAUAAUAGAGUAAAAAUUCCAAUAACCUUUUACAGUAAAAAUAAAGAAAAAAUGAUGUAUAUAUUCAUCUCUGUUGAUGGCUUUGAAUCUUUUAAUGCUGGAAUUCGUAUUUAUAAAGAUCCAGGAAAUACUCUAAUGAUGUAUUAUAAUUUAAACCAAACUGAUACUGAUCUUCUUCGAAGUAAUUUAGAUUCAUCACUAACUUACACUUUCCCUUUUGAGGAAUAUGGAAUGUAUGGUUAUGGAAUUUGUGCUCCAAAUAUUAUUGUAAGUUAUAUUUCAUUUACUUUAAAUUUUAGAGGAAACUAUUCAAUACAGAUUUAUACCAAAGACCAAAAUAGACUAUUGUAUUUACAAGAAUAUAGAAUUAAAGCAGAACAUGGAGAGUCUAUUGAAAAAGCACCUGCUACAUGUAAAACAUUAUGGAUUGGUCAAGAACAUGGUGUUUUGAGUAAGCAAGGUACUAAAAUGGGUUUAAAUAUAAAAAUUGAUCCUAAUGAAGAAGGAGAUAAUGAUACAAGAUAUUUUGCACUAAUGACACAAGAGAUGAAACUAACAUCAAUAGUUACUAUUAGGGCAAUCUGUCCAGAGGAUUGUAAUAGUAAAACUAACAAUGGAGUUUGUUCUGUUGAAAAAGGAAAAUGUGUUUGUAAUGAAAAAUAUGGUGGAGAUGAUUGUCAUCUUACUUGUUCUUAUAAAGGUCAAUGGCAAGUUAAUAAUUAUACAGAAAUGUGUUGGUUUGGAACUGAGCACUGUAACCAAUAUUGUAAUUGUGAAUCUGGUUAUACCUUAGUUGACCAUAUUUGUGUUAGUAACGAUUGUAUUAAUGGAAGAAUUGGUAAAGAUGAAGAAUGUAAACAAGGGACUGAAGGUUGUACAAAAAAUUGUUUUUGUGAAGAUGGGUAUUAUGUUUCAACGAACAAAAAACGUUGUAAGCCAAUUAGUUGCGGUAAUGGUGUUAUUAAUGAUGUAUAUAACGGAAAAGGAGAUUUUGUUAGAAAAGAAGAAUGUGAUGGUGGUGUUAAUUGUAACAAAUAUUGUUAUUGUAUUAAUGGAUUUGAGCCAGACCCAAAUCAUAUUGGCUCAUGUAAAGAAAAAAGAUUUCCAGUUUGGGCGUAUGUGCUAAUCGUUCUUUUUUCAUUCGCAAUACUAUUUAUUAUUAUUUCUUCAUUAAUAAUUUUCAUUGUUUUUAUUAUGAGUUAUAAACGGAUAGACACAAACACAUUUAAAGAACAACAACCUGUUUAUUAUUAUUAUAUAAAUGGAUCAGUAAAAACCCCACCAGCAAAAGAAAACAGGUAUGAUAUUAAUCCACUAGAGUUAGACUUUGGUAAUACAGAAGAUGUUACUGCUAUUUUUGAUACUAGAUUUGAGAAAAUAACUAUAAAAAAUUAUUCAAACAAUAAAUGGUUAUUAGUAAUUUUUCAUACACCAAAUAAUCCUAAGUAUGUAUUUCAUUUUGAACCACAAGUUGUUCUUUUAAGGCCACAUUUAGGUUCUAAAGAAAUUACUGUUUAUAUGACAUUAUUCUGUACUACAAAAAUUAGAGAUAUGAAAAUUCCAUAUACUGUAUGGUUCAGUAAAUCUAAAUCAUCCUUAAUUAUUAUGUCUAAUCUUUUAAAAGAUAAAACAUUUGAAACAUGGACUCAAGACGAUCAAAUACAAAUGGAUCUUAUCUUUAAAACUAUUCAAAGACAUUAUCAUAAUAACUUAACUAUUACCACAGAUGCUGCAUCAUCUACCCAUAUUGAUAUUGAUGAAAUUCAAAUGGCAGAUGAACCAGUUGCUGAAGGAGCAAUGGGCAAAGUCUUUCUUGGAAGUUAUCGUAGUGUUCCAGUUGCUGUGAAACAGUUCAGAUGGGAAAAUCUUUCUACAGAUGAAAUGGAUGACUUGAAACAAGCUGCAAUGAGCGAAUGUGAGUUAAUGAGUAAGUUACGUAAUCCUUUUAUUGCAAAUUACAUGGGGUCUGUGACUUAUAUUCCACAAGUGUCAAUGGUAAUGCAAUAUUUUCAAUUGGGUUCUUUAGGAGAAUAUCUUAGAAAGGAAAAUGAAGAUUUCUUUGUAAUUCCUUAUCGUUUAAAACUAAGAGUUUUAUUUGAUACUGCAAGAGGAAUGGCAUUCUUACAUGAGAACAAAAUAAUGCAUUUAGACCUUAAACCAGAUAACCUUUUAGUCAAUUCAUUCUACUUUGAUUCAGCUUGUUGUAUAAAAAUUACUGACUUUGGUACUUCUCGUCUUACUAUGAAAAAUUCAAAAAGUCUUGAAGAGAAAGGUUUGGGAACACCAAUAUAUGCUGCUCCAGAAGCAAAUCAUGAUGAAUAUACUUUUGCUGGUGAUGUUUAUUCAUUUGCUGUAACUGCAUGGGAAAUAUAUUAUCAAGAAGAACCUUAUAAAAACUUCAAAUCAUUGUUUGAAAUUAAAGACUAUGUUGGUAGUGGUAAACGUUUAGAAUUUGAUGAAAAAAUACCAACUGACUAUAAAAAUCUCAUCAAUCUCUGUUGGAAACAAAAUGCAAAUGAACGUCCCAGUUUUGAUCAAGUCUGUAAAAUGUUAGUUCAAAUAAAUCAAAAAGUUUGUGGACAUGUUGAAUUGGGCAAUGAAGUGUCAAAUGAUAAAAUUGAAGAAAUUAUCAACAAAAGAAAUGGAAAUCUUCAGAGAUUAUUAAAUGAAAUUGUUCAUGACUAA